AUGCUUGCCUUUGUUGUCCUUGCUAUUCUUCCCACUGUUCUGGCCUUUUCUGCUAGUGACAUUAUCCUCGUUUGUACAAAAGACGCUCUUUAUAGCUCCCUGUAUCAGCAUGGGCGGGAAUUUUGUUCCGCCGUGCUCGACGGGCAGACCUGUGAGACGGUCACGCCAACGGAGUAUGUGACGUAUGAUCCGCAAGUGAUUUCAUCUCAUCUGUGUGUUGCCGAAUCGAUGUCGGCCGCGGACAACGUCACAACCGACCACGAGGUGCUUCACCAAGACUACUCGAAGGUCGAUUUCGAUCGUUUCGUCUACAUCUAG